CUCCCUUUCUCUUAGCAAUUCCCCGCGGGCGAACCCCGAUGCAGGCCCUGGGACGUGGAGACACCGGUACAAUAGGCUAUAAAAACCCCCCAUCCCAGCUUGUCACAUAACCCAACUUGACUCUUUACCCCGAACAAACCCUUUCCCUCUAUAUCCAUACUAUACCAAACCAACCCACCCACCCACCACGAUAACCAAAAUGGAAGACCGACCCCUCACCCAAGUCAGCACCGACCCAAUCACCCUAACCGCCCACGAAACCUCCCCGGCCUUGAUCUUCAGCACAUUCACCUCCACCACGGCCUUCAACCUCGGCCUGGCCCUCCGGAACCGGAUCCUCGGCCUCCCGGCCACAUCCCGCAAACCGGCCCUCAUCAGCAUCACGCUGACCACGGCGCCCUUACCCGCCGCCUCCUCCACGGACGCCACGAUCCCGCCGCACGUCGUCUUCCAAUGCGCCACGGAACCCGGCACGAUCCCGGACAACGAGGUGUGGGUGCGCCGGAAACGGAAUACCGUGCUGCGGUGGGGGGUGAGUAGUUGGCUGAUGCGCAACAAGUUGCUGUCCACCUUGGCAGAUACGGAGAAGGGUGGGGUGGAGGCGGCGUUUGUCAAGAAGUAUGCGCUGCGGUCGAGUAAUGGUGGGGCGGUGGCGGAUGAUUAUGCUAUUCAUGGGGGGGGGUUCCCUGUCCGAGUGCGCGGGGUGGAUGGGGUGGUGGGCGUCAUUGUGGUCAGUGGGUUGAAGCAGGAGGAUGAUCACCAGGUGAUUGUCGAUGUGGUGAGGGAGUUUAUUUCCCAGGGUGGUGGUGCGGAGGUGCCCUCUUAAAACCUCGAGGGGGGAAUGUCUCUACAGUAUUCAGGAUAAGGAAGGUUGUAUAAAUGGACUAAUCAAUCUCACACUACUGUCGGACUUCAGUCUGGGAGUCUAACUCUAUUCAUUUCAAGUGACGGGUCAAGUAGAGAGCAUCGGUGAGAGCAUCUAGGAUAGGUAUCAUAUUUAAACUAUCAAACCAAAACGUUGGUUGGUCUUGAACAAUCAAGCAAUGCAAACUCCUUAAACAAUCCCUCUAAGAAUAACUUAUUUUACAAUUCGUCAUGGCCAUACGCCUCGUCAUCCUCAUCGGCCGGGGCAGAGCCAUACAGCUUGCUGGUGAUGGGGUACGCCACGUUGGACAGCUGCUCCUU